AUGUCGGGCGCACGCAAUUAUGACUUCUUAAUAAAACUGCUGCUGAUCGGCGACAGCGGUGUCGGCAAAUCCUGCUGCCUGUUACGAUUCUCCGAAGAUAGCUUUACACCUUCCUUCAUUACGACGAUAGGAAUCGACUUCAAGAUCAGGACAAUUGAUCUAGACGGCAAGAGAGUGAAGUUGCAGAUAUGGGAUACUGCAGGUCAAGAACGUUUCAGGACAAUCACAACUGCUUAUUACAGAGGUGCUAUGGGAAUUCUGCUGGUCUAUGAUGUUACGGAUGAGAAGAGUUUUAACAAUAUUCGAACAUGGUUCUCCAAUGUCGAGCAGCACGCCAGCGAAGGUGUCAACAAGAUCCUGAUUGGCAACAAGUGCGACUGGGACGAGAAGCGACAAGUCUCGACCGAACAAGGCCAAGCGCUUGCCAAUGAGCUCGGCAUACCUUUCAUGGAGGUUUCGGCGAAAUCGAAUAUCAAUAUCGAGAAGGCGUUCUACAGCCUAGCAGGCGAUAUCAAGAAGCGACUGAUGGACUCGAGUAAAGACAAUGGUGCUGUUACUGUUGGUCAGCAAGGUGGCGUUUCAGUUGGUGGUGGCGAGCAGAAAGGCCUUGCUGGUGGCUGCUGUUAG